AUGAGAAUCGCACCAAGUAGAAGAAAAUGGUUAAAAUAGAAGAAAUCUUAACAAUAUUUAAUGAUAGUAUAUGAACUGCAAUUAUCUGAAACAGAGAAAUAAUUUCAACAACUAUAGUAAAUGAGAGUACCGCUAUUGAUUUGGCAAAUAAAGUAUCAAAUUAACUUUAAUUUGAGAGUCCAUCAUUUACUACUUAUUGAUCAUUUAUAAAAUUGUUAUAAUCGCCUAUGUAAUUUGAAUUCAAAAUAAAAGAAAGAAAUAAAAUUUAUAUCCAAAAAAAGGCGAAUGCAUAAUAUUUUAUUGUCAAGUAUUUCUCUUGGUCUUUUUUAUUUUUUUCUAAGUUUAUCUAUUUCAUGCCAAAGACUCUGCUUUGCUGCGAUGGAUCAUAAUCUACAUUUUAUAUUUUCUUUUUAAAUUGAGAAUCAAUCAUAUUUUGUGUGUUUUAAGCUGCUUUAUCAGUAUAACGAUUAAUAAUUAAUAAAAGAUCAAUAUUAUUUAAUGCCAAUUUCAAUAUGA